AAAGGCGUCGACCGCCCGGAGAGUCCGCACUUCCCGGUGAAGAUGGCGGAUGAGAAUGAGACAGCACCGAUGCCGGAGAGAGAAGAUGUAGAGGACCACGGACACUGUAGCGACUGCGAAAAUGAAGAGCACCACUUUGAUGAUGGUGACCGGGGUCUGGGUGAUGACACCGGUGCCAAGAAGAAAAAGAAAAGGCAGAAAAAGAAGAAGAAAUCUGGUUCCACAGAAGCAGCUCAGGACCCUCUUGCCAAGGUUAACGCUUUACCAGCUGAGAAGCUACAGGAGAUCCAAAAGGCCAUCGAGCUGUUCUCUGUUGGCCAAGGUCCAGCCAAAACCAUGGAGGAGGCGAGUCGGAGGAGUUAUCAGUUCUGGGACACACAACCUGUUCCCAAGCUAGGGGAGACCGUAAUGUCUCACGGAUCCAUUGAACCCGACAAAGACCACAUUCGAGAGGAGCCCUACAGCCUCCCACAAGGCUUCAGCUGGGACACCCUGGACCUGGGGAACGCCGCCGUGCUGAAGGAGCUUUAUACUCUUCUCAAUGAGAACUACGUGGAGGACGACGACAACAUGUUCAGAUUUGACUACUCCCCCGAGUUCCUGCUCUGGGCCCUCCGACCUCCGGGCUGGCUGCCUCAGUGGCACUGUGGCGUCAGAGUGAACUCCAACCAGAAGCUGGUCGGCUUUAUCAGCGCCAUUCCAGCCAACAUUCGGAUCUACGACAUAGAAAAGAAAAUGGUUGAGAUCAAUUUCCUCUGCGUCCACAAGAAGCUUCGCGCCAAGCGAGUCGCUCCGGUUCUGAUCCGGGAGAUCACCAGGCGGGUCAACCUGCAGGGCAUCUUCCAGGCCGUGUACACCGCCGGAGUGGUUCUGCCCAAACCCGUGGGCACGUGCAGGUACUGGCACCGCUCCCUGAACCCACGGAAACUAAUCGAGGUGAAGUUCUCCCACCUGAGCAGGAACAUGACUAUGCAGCGCACCAUGAAGUUGUACCGCCUGCCCGAGGCCCCGAAGACUUCUGGUCUGCGGCCGAUGACGAAGAAGGACGUUCCCGUGGUGCAUCGCCUCCUCCGGGAGUACCUGAGCCUGUUCAACCUGGUGCCCGCCAUGAACGAACACGAGGUGGAGCACUGGUUCCUCCCCCAGGAGAACAUCAUUGACACGUACCUGGUGGAGAACGAUGGCAAAGUGACCGAUUUCCUGAGUUUCUACACGCUGCCCUCCACUAUAAUGAACCACCCGGUGCACCACAGCCUGAAGGCGGCGUACUCCUUCUACAACGUGCACACCACCACCCCUCUGCUUGACCUGAUGUCUGACGCCCUCAUCCUGGCCAAAUCGAAAGGUUUCGAUGUCUUUAAUGCACUGGAUCUAAUGGAAAACAAGACUUUCUUGGAGAAGCUGAAGUUCGGUAUCGGGGACGGGAAUCUGCAGUAUUAUCUGUACAACUGGAAGUGUCCCAGCAUGGGGCCAGAAAAGGUUGGGCUGGUUCUGCAGUGACGUCGAGUCGUCAGCGAGUGUCACCGACAGGCCUGAAGACGGCGCCACGGUCCCAAGACUUCCUGCUUGUGGAAACGACCAACCACACUUUUACUUUCUGACCCUCUGAACUUUGACCUGCACUACUGCUGCCAGGCUGAGGGAGCCCCCCUCCAUCAACGGACCUCAGAGCCAUCGUAGUGACCGUCGCAAACAGCUAUAUUUCAUCACUGUACCAAAAACAAGAACAGUUCUCACCGGUGCCCGGCCACCGUCACGCUCACCGCCGGCAAACCUGCGAAAACCUGUAAAUACCGUCGGACGUGACCGCGGAUAAGGCCCUAAUGCGCAGAGCAGAACCGACUGUUUUGUUUUAUUCCUAAAUGUUGGAAGUGCUUUUUGCAAUUAAAACAAAUCUGUUAAUAAAUUUUAGACAAUACAAAUAAAUUGUGCGUAAAAAAUAAUAAUAUUUUAAAGAGUAAAAGGCUCAAAAGGCUGAUCUAAUAAAAACCAAAAGUGGGAAUAAGAAAAGGGCUUUCGUUAAGAGUUGUCUCGUCCUGUCUGCCAUUUCUUUUUUUUGGCUCAUGGUUUCUGUUCGCCGUCCAUUUGUGCUCCUCUCAUUUAUCAAAACUUGCAGAACCAUCACUCCCCAGCUUGCUGCACACGUAAAAACCAGUCGGGAGACAAAUCUCUGAUUCUGACGGCGUUCGUUAACAUUUAUCCUCUUGAUUUACGUGUGUCCCACUGCAGCGGCCAUCUUUGUGAAACCGGACUCUUAACGUGCGUUUCCAAAAAUCUCAGAGGCUUCAGGGUCAAAUCAGAAAUCCAAAGUACUUAAGGGCACUUUUAAAAGCCUUUUUUUUUAUAGCCUAAUAUAUAAAUAUG